UGCGGACAGUAGUCGUGGGUCAAUCAGUUUUAGCACCACACCACCAUCACCUUUUGCGAGUUAUGGCAUCCGGCAGUACACGACGUAGAGGGGCCCCGCUACCACCAUUUCAGCCUGCACCCAAGCACAAGCAAGACGAUUUGAGGCGCGAUCAUGUAGUGUGGGAGUGGGUUGAGAGGGGCCAGGAGUGGGGAAAGGAAGGCGGGGGCAACUUCCUUAUCCGUUGCCGCCUAUGCCAGGCGGUUUUUACCGGUUCUAGGUCUCGUGGAGUUGAGCACUUCACGAAGCAGAAGGCGUACUGCCCGUGGCGGAGUGCAGAGAUUUUGUACAAGUUGCAAACUGUAGGGGCAGUCCUUAAGGAUGCCAUCUCGCAGCGCCUUGCUUCAGAGUACGCGCAGAGGGUGGAUGGUGAUAUGGCUGCGGACGACCUCCGUCAGUACAUGGAGGCGGAGAGGGGUGGAGAGGUGGAGCAGUCGCAGCCCGGGGCACCCUUGCGUGGUAAAGGAGCGGAUGGUGGCGAUGCCGGUGGGGGGACAAUCAGACUGGCGAACAAUUUGGAUCCAGAGCGUCGGCGUGGUGGUACGACACGAGGCGGCACUCAGCGUACGGGUUUUGAGGACGCAUUACCCCAUGGAGAAGGAGGUGUCGGAGGUCUGAGCGACACUUAUCAAACAGGUGGAUGUAGUGUUAGUAGAGUCCCGGCCUCCACAUCCAUAGUGCCGAGGCGGCACACACUGCCUGAGUUUGCUGCUGAGGGACAUUGUCCUACAGCCUUUUGCACGACAAACGAUGAGAGACGCGCACAAGAUUGUGAAGUUCAUGUGCAACAAACAAAAAGUGUUUGCACUUCACAAGGACAUGAAGAAGGCGUUGGUGCUCAGGCGACCGCGGAGAUGCGUUUCGAUACAACAUACAUGAUGUUGGAGAGGCUGUAUGACCAGAGGGAGGUCUUUGACACAUUAGUAUCGUCGGAGAGGUGGGCUAGGGUGCAAUGGGCCGGCGAUGCUCGGGAGCGGAUGCCUUAUGCCCGCAGGCUCUGCAGGGAUGACGGGUCUUGGAGGGAUGUGAAGAGGGUGUUGGACGUCAUGGGUCCCGUUUACGAGUUUCUCAGGGAUCUUGAUAGGGACGGUUCAUCACCCACUGGGCUGUGGGAUUUGGAGGCCAUCCUCUGGCAGAGACUUCAUUCACUCGAUCUAUUGGACGUUGACAGGGAUGCGGUGAUGGACAUCGUGAGGGAUAGGUACGCGAUGAUGCGGCAGCCUACUCAUGCAGCUGCUUACCUACUGGAUCCACGACGGCGCGGUAUUUCAUUGCUUGAGGAACGCAACAGGCCUAUUGUGCAAUCGGUGCUUGAGCACUUUGCUCUCGUUGUCGGAGGGUGGGACACCGAGGCCAUGCAAGGUCUGUGGGAGGUCCUGUGGACUUUCCACAACGACAACCUGCGCUACCUUGGCAUUGCGCGGAAGGUGAUGGGCAUGUGGUCCACGACCAGUCCUUGUGAGAGGAACUGGCAACUCAUAGCGUUGAGGAACCGCUUGUCCGCACAUAGCGUUGAGAAGCUCGUGUUUAUGCAUUGGAACUUGCAUCUCCUCAGUGCGAGCAAGCGGACGAAGAGCAGGUACAUGGAUAUUUGGGCUAACCAAGUUGAGGAGGAGGAGGUCGUAGUGGAUGUGGAUGACACCAUCCCUGCAGAUGUGCCGGACAAGGAGGCGGAGGCGAUUGAGAGGAGUAAUAGGAGGAAGGAGAGGCGCAAUCGAGCUGGGAAGGGCAAGGCACCAGUAGUGGAGUCGGAGGACGAGGAGGAGGGCAUUUUCGAUGACCUCGUGUGGAUGCACCAGGGGAUUAGGAAGGAGGCACAGGCACAGAGGGCUGUUGGGACGACUCUUCCAGAGGACCAGCACGACUUGCUGGAUGAGUGGGGUGGGACCCGGUGGGUAGGAUCCGCACGACGACUUGGACGCAUACGUUGGUGGCACCAUGCAUACUAUGGUGUCCAUGAGCGAGAGGUUUGGCGUCAUGCGAGCAGCGCGUGGCGGAGAGGGUGGACCCCACAGGAGCAUUUAAGCAUACAGCACGAGUCCCUGGAGCAGCAGCAUCGACCGAGAGUAGAGCAGCGGGUGGAGCAGACGGCGGAGCGGACGGUGUACAGUAGGGUGGAUGACAUGUUGGAGUGCAGGGUGGAGUUGAGGGUUGAGCAGAGGGUGGGGCAGAGGGUUGAUGAGAGGGUGGAGCAGCGGGUGGAUCAGAGGAUGAGGGACGUGGUAGAGGUUAUAGUUGACGUGACCUUGGAUCAACGCAGGGAUCGAGGGACGGAGGAGAGUGCUCGUGGGGUGCCGAGUGAUCGCCACUCUGGCAAGAGCGUCAUCCGCGAUGUUGUGAUAUGUGGAAGUACGGAGCAGAGGUUGGACACGGACAGUGCUGCUGGAGAUCGACCUGGCUUGGACGGGAUUGGUAGAGAUAGAGGCGACAUGGCAUGUAUCCGUGAUACGGGCAUUCCGCCAUUGCCUCCACAGGACACGUCUCCGUCUUCAUAUGAUGUUCUCACGCGGCGCACUUUCUACGGAAUCCCACCACUACCAUUGCGGAUGACAUCGCCAGCAUUGACAGCGAUGAGGCUAGAGAUUCAUUUGGGGAGGUCUACGACACCCGGUGUAGGUGGCGGACACCCUGCUACACACGGUCGCGCACCGAGUUCUACACAUACUACCCCUUCCGGGCCCUUCGUCAUCAUCUAGGGGUAGCACCCCGCCUCCACUUACGUCCGCUUUAGCACGCCUUCCUCUUCAUGUGUCUAGUGCUUCCACCUCUAGG